AUUGGCAGUCUGGAAAAGAAAGUCUAUAGAAGUCUCGUGAUUCGCUUUGCAUGAGGGCGUUUUCUAAAAAAACAAAAAUGGCUGCUUUACCUGUUUCAGUGGAAGUUGCAAGUUGGAUUACGUUUGCUGCUGCUUUCGUGGUGACGCUUAUAUUUUCAACAUGGUACAUACUAGGAUAUAGAUACAAACGUCAUAGUGAAUGCAGUUCCACAUUCACAGCUAUACUCGCCCUAUCAGUGAGUUUUCUGACAGUGCUGAUUGGGCCAAUUGAUGUGUUCCUGGUGUCGUUUAUGAAGAAUGAUGACGGGGAAUUUAAGGAUUGGGCUGAAUCUAAUGUUACAAGACACCACAUCCAGGAAACUGUCCUCUAUUGUUACUAUGCCUUAUAUGGAUGUCUGACAUUGUUCGUAUUCCUCAUCAUCCCUUUUGUGUAUUUCUACUAUGAGGAACAAGAUGAAAACACCAACAUCAAGUCUAGGAUGUGUGGAGCCUUGAAGUACACUGCUUGUUUCAUAUUUGUUGCUGUUGUGUUACUUGUGAUAGGGGCAUUUGUACCAUUGAAGAAACCGCCAACUACAAAUUCCACAUCAUUUGAGAAUGAUCUUGCAUUCCUCGCAAACGAGCUGCGUGACACACGUGGUGAAACAGCUCUUUACUUCACUGUUGGGUUCUUAACUUUAAUAGGUUUUAUCUGCCUUGUUUUCUACACAGGCUUUGGGAUGGUGACCUUUCCAGCUGACUUAAUAAAAGGAAGGAAAAGUACCGCAGUUGAGUUGGAUGACGUCAGGAGUGCUACAGAACGAAGUCGUCAAAGACGAAGAGCUAUCAGAAGGAAGUACAAGGACAAGGAUGAUCGCUUAAGCACACGUGAUCGAAGCAGGAUAGAUAGUCUGCAAGACCAAGAAGAGUUAUUGAAACGUAAAGAGCGCCACCUAGAGGAUCUGCAGCAUAGAUGUUGCAGUAAAUGUUCUUUUCUAUGGCGGCCUUUUGAGAUUAUCUUUGGUGUUGUGGGUUGCUUAAUGGCAUUACUCAUCUUCACAUCUUUGCUCUUAACAAGCUUGGAUCGUGCAUUGCAUUCUCUCGGUCUCAAGACAGGCUACAUCUUGCCAGAAAGGCACCUUCCCAAUCCUAUCGACAUGCUCUUGCUCUUUAGUCAGCAGGUAUUUCCACUUGACUACAUAAUCUUUGCUGCCAUCAUUCUUUACCUGUUCCUUGCCUCGAUUGCUGGCAUUGAAAGGAUUGGCAUAUGGUUCUGCUGUGUCAAGAUGUACAAGAUUCGAGCAACUCACACCAAGCCACAAGCUCUACUCUUCCUCUGCAUGAUACUUAUAUUCACUGUAUUGGCCAUCAACACUAUGAUGUAUACACUAGCCCCCGAGUAUAUGAGUUAUGGAAACCAAAAAUACAUAGCUAUAAACAACAGCACAGAACAGUGUACAACCUAUGAGCCAGAAGACUGUGUAAUGACUAUAGCAGCAUCUCUGCUAACCACGUCCGUUUUCAUGUUGUGGUAUUUUGGAGCUGUUUACUACUGGGCCAACUGGGCAUUCUUGGCUAUGGUGCUUAUUGGUUUAUUAGUGGCGUUAUUCAAGAAAAGGAGGUCAGCCAUUGAGGGUGAAGUCGAUUCAGAUGAUACAGACGAUAGUGAUGAUGAGCUACUUCAUGUCUAAAGUCCAGUCUGGACUAUCAAUUUUUUUUUUUGGCAAAAACAUGUGACAUGCCUAAAUAUGGUCAUGAUGACAUCACAUAGCCAUAUAUAGGCACAACAUGACUAUAUAUAGGUAUACAACAGUUUUUUGUCCAUGAAAAUUUGAUAAUCUGGAUGAAGCUUAAAACUUUCUGAUUGAUAAUUAGAAAUGCAGUAAUGGUAAACUUACAAGUUUUAUUAAUGUGAAUUAAAUAAAAUGUAUUUAAAUCUUAUAAGAAAUCCUCACUAUAAUGCAUUUAUAUGUUAUUGGGCAUGGUGCAUUAUCUACAUUUGUUGCAGGAGUGUGAGUGUGUGUUGGGGAGGUAACCAGACUUAUUUGUACAGAAGUGGCAAAUAUACAUACAACGCCAUAGAAAGAGAGAUGGGCACUUUGGCCAUUGAGCUCAGACUUCUGUAAAUAUUAAUAAGUAAUGUACUGUAUAAAUAGAAAAGAAAUUCUUAAAGAUAUACUGAUAAAAUAAAUUUCAGGUGUAACCUGUAUAAAGAAUAGACAUAAACCUGUUUAUAUAAUAAAUAUAAUAGUAACUGA